CCGUGAGAAACGGGGAUGGAGACGGGAUCCCAUUCCCUGCCCGCCCCCAUUCCUAUUCCUGUCUGCUGCCAUGGCGGCGAUGUUGGUAAGGAUACUUUGUCCUCCUACUCUUUCUGCAUCGCUAUGCGUUGUGUUGGUCUAUGGCGAUGGUUGGUUCUUCGAUCGAGCAGCAACCGCAGAUCAUACUUUUGAAGGAGGGGACGGAUACGUCUCAGGGGAAGGCGCAUGUGGUGAGCAACAUCAAUGCCUGCACGGCGGUGGCGGAUGCAGUGCGGACGACUCUAGGUCCCCGCGGGAUGGACAAGCUCAUCCAUGACGAUAAGGGAAACACCACCAUCUCCAAUGACGGCGCCACCAUUAUGAAACUCCUUGACAUCGUCCACCCUGCAGCCAAAAUCCUUGUCGACAUCGCCAAGUCCCAGGACUCCGAGGUUGGUGAUGGAACCACUACUGUUAUGCUUCUUGCUGGUGAAUUCUUGAAGUUUGAAAAAAUUUUCAUUGAGGAUGGAGUUCAUCCACAGAAUCUCAUUAGGAGUUACAGGACAGCAUGCUAUCUGGCAAUUGAAAAAAUUAAAGAAAUAGCUGUAAGCAUAGAGGGGAAAAGCAUGGAAGAAAAGAAAAGCUUGUUGGCCAAAUGUGCUGCUACAACACUCUCGUCUAAGUUGAUUGGUGGAGAAAAGGAGUUUUUUGCAUCAAUGGUUGUGGAUGCUGUCAUGGCUAUUGGUGAUGAUGAUAGACUAAAUUUGAUUGGAAUUAAAAAGGUCCCUGGCGGUAACAUGCGAGAUUCAUUUCUUGUUAAUGGCGUUGCUUUCAAGAAGACUUUUUCAUAUGCUGGAUUUGAGCAGCAACCAAAGAAAUUUUUGAACCCAAAAAUCCUUUUGUUGAACAUUGAGCUAGAACUGAAAUCAGAGAAAGAAAAUGCAGAAAUUAGAUUAUCAGAUCCUAUGCAGUAUCAAUCAAUUGUUGAUGCCGAGUGGAAUAUAAUAUAUGAUAAGUUGGACAAGUGUGUCAAAAGUGGAGCAAAAAUUGUUCUGUCACGUUUGCCAAUUGGUGACCUUGGAACACAGUAUUUUGCGGAUCGGGAUGUUUUCUGUGCUGGUCGUGUGGCAGAAGAGGAUUUGCGACGUGUUGCUGCUGCAACUGGUGGAACUGUACAGACUUCUGUUAACAAUUUUGUUGAUGAGGUUCUUGGAUCAUGUGAAGUGUUUGAGGAAAAACAAGUUGGAAAUGAACGGUUCAAUAUAUUUAGUGGGUGCCCUUCUGGUCAGACAGCAACAAUAGUUCUUCGUGGCGGAGCAGAUCAGUUCAUUGAGGAAGCUGAGCGCAGCUUGCAUGAUGCCAUUAUGAUUGUGAGAAGAGCUCUGAAGAACUCAACUGUUGUGCCAGGUGGUGGUGCUAUAGAUAUGGAAAUAAGCCGUUUCUUGAGAACACAUGCUCGAUCAAUUGCUGGGAAGUCACAAUUAUUUAUUAACUCAUAUGCGAAGGCCCUUGAGAUUAUCCCAAGGCAACUUUGUGAUAAUGCUGGAUUUGAUGCAACUGAUGUGUUAAACAAGCUCAGACAGAAACAUGCCCUUGGUACAGGAGCAAACUAUGGUGUAGAUAUUAACACUGGUGGAGUUGCAGAUUCAUAUACCAACUUUGUGUGGGAACCGGCAGUUGUUAAGAUUAAUGCUAUUAAUGCGGCAACAGAAGCUGCUUGUCUUGUUUUGAGUGUGGAUGAAACAGUGAAAAAUCCCAAGUCGGAGAGUGCACAAGGUGAGGCAGCUGCAAGUGCAAUGGCUGGUCAUGGUGGGGCAGCUUUCCGAGGACGUGGUGGAAGAGGCAUGCGAAGAUGAUGAUCAUGGCAACAGUUGAUUUUUCAUGCUUUUGUUUCAAGGUGGGCAAGUAUCUCAACUUCAGAGAGAUAUGGUUUGGUUCCUCUUCCUGCUGUCUUUAAAAAGCAGAUGCUUUGUACAUACUAAUGUUCUCUCUUGCCAACAUGAUCACAGUUUUAGAUUGGUUUGGGUACUCAAUAUUUUGAAGUUUACUCUUGGUGCCUUUGCAAUGCUUUUGUACAGAUUGCCAAAUUU